CAACAAACCAGCCACCACCAGCCACCACCACAACCCACCCACUUUCAACCACCAGCAGUCCCUCAUCCUCGCUCUAGAACAGCUCACUUUUCAUUUCAUUCAUACGGCACUCGAAACUCGAAACUCGACGCCGAGCCAUCUUACCCAGGCACAACCAGUAUUGGCUAUGCGAGUUUAAUCAAUCUGGAGCCUAUAAUCUCAUACUCGAUUGCUGCGGUGACAGAAAACACCCUUCCAGCCUCGCCUUCCCAUCUCCAACCACAAUUGCGAGUGGAAAGCACAACAACGAUGAGCCGGCCUCAACCACCAGCUCGAUUACCUUCAUUCACCAAACGACAUGCCUCUUUUCAUAGCCCAAGAGAAAUACCCUUACCAUCACCUUUGAGUCCCAGGGAUAGCAGAGACUUGGGGGGUAAACAGGGCUAUUUUGAUUUGCCCAAAGAACGAGGGGAGGAACUGAGGAGAGAACGAGAGCAACGCGAACGAGAACGAGAACGGGAUGAAAAGCCAUAUUCAAGGCCAUCACAACACUCGCCUCAUCAUUCAAAAGAGUCAAAUCAUCAUCACAGUCCUCACCAUUCGCUCGACAAGGCUCCCUCCCCUUUACAUAUUCCUUCUCAUCCGUUACAUUCUUCCCCCCAACAUUUUCACUUUGAACCCAGCUUCAUGUCUGUUCUGGAUUCCGAACCCUCGAAACCGACGGGCGAAUCAAUAAAACAUCCCGUUUUCCCUCACCCACGACCUUACUCUUUACCUCACUCUUCCUCUUCACCCCACUCUUCCUCUUCAAACUCUGGCUCAGGUUCAUGUGGAUCUAGUCACACCUCGUCUGAUGCAGUUUCCGGAGGUGUCCACACUGGAGGUCAGGCAAUCAACGGAGCUCCUGGAAGUCAACGAGAAACAAGUAUCAUUGGCCAAAAUAACCCCUACGUCCCAAAUUCUGGCCCGUAUCUUGGUACUAGCACGUGCCUCACAUUGGGCAAACCCGACCGCUCAUCAUCCGCGUCAUUGCCACUACCGGCCCAGAUUCCAUACCAUGUAUUGCCCAGGGUUCAGCUUCUUCCGACAAGGCCGGAUAGCCAUUCGAGUGGAGGCUCUUCCGAAAGCUCUAGUUCCCUACCUUCAGCUGGAUCGUCGUCAAGUCCAGAGUACCCUCAUUUCAAGGAUUCCCCAUUCCCCCACUCACCUAAUUCGUCGUCUUCUUCUCCACAACCGACACUGCCGCCAUUAUCUGAGACCGUCCCAUCUCCAUGUGCCCCAUCUUCUUCCAGUUCUCACCCUCCUGAUUCCAGUGUCGCCUCGACCCUCUCGCACCUAGUCGAUGACGAGUCGAGUAGUAGCUACAUGACAGCCAUGAGGAGGCCUGUAAAACAUCCUCUCAGUCAUCCUCCUGUAAUACUCGAAGAAACACCGUCCACUCUCGGAAGGAGUGCCUCUACGGGUAGUUCCACUGCUCACGCAUAUGCGAUACAGCGGUCUUCUAGCCAAAGCAACCACAACCAGAUCCCUGAAGACGAUUCCAGAACGAACGUCUGGAGAAAUCCACCUCCUGUUCAACCCCCGCGCUCUACACCUUCUCCGCGGUCAAUUGGAAGAUCCGUGAACCCAUGCGAUUUGCCUCCCGUUCUGCCACCUCAGAGAACGACGAGUAGACUCGCUCACAGCAACGGGAGUAGUGGAGAUGGCCAGACUCCAACGCCGAUACCAGCACCGUCAUUGAUGAGCAACUCGUUUAGUGCGCCACCUUCGACUAACAGCACAUUGCCAUUGCCCCGUACACCCCCGAACCCCUAUUCUUCACAGAAUUCAUCUGCUACGUUGAACAAUCCUCCGGCAUACGCGCCAUUUUUAUCGCCGUUACCUCCUCCACCGGAGAGGUGUUGGAUUGAGGUUGAGACGACGCCUACGGCGUACAAGUUGAAUGUCAGGUUAGAGGGAUUUAGAAGGGAUGGAAUAACUCUUGCUACUCGCCGUCGUCGAGUUUUACACGUCGUAGCUGAUAGUUGGGAAUCUGAUGGUGGAGGCCACUUUGAGAGGAGGAUCAGCUUUGGAUAUGAUGCUGAUUUGGUGGGGGUAAGAGCAGAGUUCGAUGGCGAAUGGUUAAGAAUCGUUGUGCCAAGGAGAGCUGGGCUUACAUGAGUUUGAGGUGAGAACGACGUGGGCUGCUGACAAUUCUCUCUUGUCGAAGAAUUUUGUGGUCUCUCGGUCAAUAGGUCUUUACAAGUUCGCCUCUCGAGGACCUGGAUUUUCUACAAGCCACACCACGGACUCUAUCCAUUCUCCUACCGGUCUCUCGAUCUUUCAGCAAAAAAAUCGCUCGCGAUACGUUUCUUUGUAUGAUAUGUUGUUUUUGUCUUGGAUUCAGGCUCUCAUCCCACCUUGGAAGUUUUGGAUCCACAUUCUUCCUGCCAUCACACCACAUUCAAUACCAAUACUUAUCCUUCACAUAGCUUUACAUUACAAUUAUGACCGUUAACGACCUUUCCCUCUUCCUUAUCUAUUCAGUUAUUAUCUCCCUUCUACUUCUCCCACCCUUGUUGGUUUCUUUUUUUUUAAACUACAAACUGUUGCUCGCUUCUUCCAUAGUGUCUUAGGAUCCGCAUCCCCUCUCCUUCCUCCACGGUUGUAUAAAAGCUUAUGCUAGGUAUACCCUACCGAGAGAGGACCCUCCGGAACCCUGGUCCUACCCCCGUGGAGCUCGACAGCGCCCAAGGACAAGCUUCUCCCUUUAGCGGAAUCCCAAUUACUCCUCAACCAUCACCAAUCACCAUUCACAGCGUACCUGCCUCCUCUACCAUACAAUUUUCGACGUCAUUUUCCUUCACUUUAUUCGUUGACGUCUUCUUUUGAGUGGGGCCUCCUCGCAUCCAUUCCCAGCCCCACAAUCAUAGUGAUUGAUUUUUUUUUCGUUGCUGUGGUCAGCAAUCAGUCAACGUCGAAGGGGACUUUUCCGUUGGCAUGGGGGUUGUUCGUUGUUGUAAAGCUUUGGAUCAUAGGAGCUUUGCAGUACGUACUACAGUAUUCGGAGAUUUCAGCAGCUUUUUGUAGGUGCGGUUUUUGGGUGCCUUCGAAUGACGGACUCGAGUAUUUUGCGCCACCUUAUUUUUUUUCUUCCCUUUCUCCACCCUUGUGAUUUGCUGUCCCGA